AUGAACAAAAAACAAGAAAAAAAGAGAAUCUUUAAAAAUCAAUAUGAAUUAAAAACUGAUGAAUUAUUUCAAAUACGUCAGAAAUUACAAAUUGAAAUUCGUCGACAAGGUCGAGAAAAACUUUUAGCAUCUCGCCGUAAUUAUCAAAAAGAUCCAAGCCCAUAUAACAAUGAUUUUAAAAAUGAUUUUUAUUCAAGUAUAUCAAGGGUUCCAUGGUGUGGUAAUAUCAAAAAAUUAGGAGGAAUAUGUACACCAAAUACUUCAUCGGUUACUGAUCUUGGCGAAUUAGGUUCAUAUAAUACCUCAUCAAUACCACAACAGUUUUAUGAAUUGAUUGAUGGAUUAAACUCAAAUUGCAUAGAAAUACAGCUAAUUUCACUCUCGAAAUUCAGAAAAUUGUUGAGCAGAGAAAGUAUAAUUCCAAUUCAAAAAAUAAUAGAACAUUGUGUGAUUCCAAUAUUUGUUCAAUUUUUGUCAUCAAAGAAUGUGGAUCUAAGAUAUGAAGCUGCGUGGAUUUUAUCAAAUAUUUCUGCCGGAUCAACUGAACAAAUUAAAGCCGUAAUUGAUGCUGGUGCACUUCCUAUAUUCACAGAAUUACUCAGCGAUGCGACAGAUAUGAGGCUGCAGGAUCAUAUUUUAUGGGCGCUAGGUAACAUCGCUAUUGAUAGUCCUCAGUUUCGACAGCUCGUUUUACGUGAAGGUAAUCUUGGUGCAUUAUGCCAACAUAUUCUGAAUGUUAAUGUUCAACCUUGUUCAGUAUUACGUACGAUGUCAUGGACACUUUCAUCCAUUUGUCGUGACCAUAUUACUGAUUCAGAUUGGCCACAGAUUUCUUCAACAUUUCCUGUUCUUGCCCAGCUUAUUAACUUUAAGGAUGACGAAAUUUUAUAUAAUGUUUGUUGGGCGUUAAGUUACCUUAGCGAUAAUAACCAUAUAGAAGAUGUGAUUAAUUUAGGUGUUUCACCACAUCUUGUAAAUUUGAUGGUACACGAUAAUACUGAGAUUCAAGCUGUUGCUUUGCACUGCGUUCGGAACAUUGUCUCCGGCAACGAUUCACAACGUCAAGCGAUUAUCGAUUGUGGAAUUCUUACGGUCUUGAAAUCUUUAUUGGUUAGCACAAAAUCUUCAAUCAGAAAGGAUGCAUGCUUUAUCCUUUCUCAUAUAGCAGCCGGUAAUAUUGAUCAAAUUGAACAUAUUAUUCAUGUUGGUUUGAUCUCAUUAGCGAUAAAUCUCAUGGCAAAUUCUGAUUUUCAAACACAAAGAGAGACUUGUUACGUUGUAUAUAAUGCAAUAAGAAGGUGCUAUAACAGGCCAGAAUUAACAAUAUGCAUUGUGCGACAAGGAUGUAUUCAACCAUUAGUCAAUAUGCUUAAUUAUAUGGACAAUGAUAUCAUUUGUGUAGUAUUAAGAACUAUCGGUGCCAUCCUCCGGCUUGGAGAAACGCUCGCGGAGGAGAAUAAUUGUAAAAAUCAAUGUACUUUGUUAAUUGAAGAAACAGGUGGAAUAGAAAGAAUAAACGAAUUACAAAAUCACGAGAAUGAUGAAAUUCGUUUACUUGCUUAUAACAUUAUUGAUAAAUAUUUUGCAGAGGAAGAUGAAGGGUAUGAAUCUGAACUUAAUCAAAGUUUUGAUUUAAGUGAACAAAACAGGUUUUUUAAUAAGCAAUUUAAUUAUCAAAGUAACUAUAGUAUCGAUAGUAUUGAAAUAAUUGGUGUCAAAAUUUAA